UCUCAGGCGCCGGAAGUGAGCGGCGCAGCGCCGGAAGCGGUGGACACAGGAGGCCUCGUGGAGGACACGGCAGCAUGGGGCGGUCAGGGAGGUCCCGGCACCAGAAGCGCGCCCGCGCUCAGGCGCAGCUCCGCAACCUCGAGGCCUAUGCCGCGAACCCGCACUCGUUCGUGUUCACGCGGGGCUGUACGGGUCGCAACAUCCGGCAGCUCAGCCUGGACGUGCGGCGGGUCAUGGAGCCGCUCACUGCCAGCCGUCUGCAGGUUCGUAAGAAGAACUCGCUGAAAGACUGCGUGGCAGUGGCUGGGCCCCUCGGGGUCACACACUUUCUGAUCCUGAGCAAAACAGAGACCAGUGUCUACUUUAAGUUGAUGCGCCUCCCAGGAGGCCCCACCUUGACCUUCCAGGUCAAGAAGUACUCGCUGGUGCGUGAUGUGGUCUCCUCAUUGCGCCGGCACCGCAUGCAUGAGCAGCAGUUUGCCCACCCACCCCUCCUGGUACUCAACAGCUUUGGCCCCCACGGCAUGCAUGUGAAGCUGAUGGCCACCAUGUUCCAGAACCUGUUCCCCUCCAUCAACGUGCACAAGGUGAACCUGAACACCAUCAAGCGCUGCCUGCUCAUUGACUACAACCCUGACUCCCAGGAGCUGGACUUCCGCCACUAUAGCAUCAAAGUCGUUCCUGUGGGCGCGAGUCGCGGGAUGAAGAAGCUUCUCCAGGAAAAGUUCCCCAACAUGAGCCGCCUACAGGACAUCAGCGAGCUGCUGGCCAUGGGCGCGGGGCUGUCGGAGAGUGAGGCAGAGCCUGAUGGCGACCACAACAUCACAGAGCUGCCUCAGGCUGUUGCUGGCCGUGGCAACAUGCGAGCCCAGCAGAGUGCAGUGCGGCUCACUGAGAUCGGCCCGCGGAUGACACUGCAGCUCAUCAAGGUCCAGGAGGGCGUCGGGGAGGGCAAAGUGAUGUUCCACAGUUUUGUGCACAAGACGGAGGAGGAGCUGCAGGCCAUCCUGGAAGCCAAGGAGAAGAAACUGCAGCUGAAGGCACAGAGGCAGGCCCAGCAGGCCCAGAACGUGCAGCGCAAGCAGGAGCAGCGGGAGGCCCACAGGUCUGGGCAGGGCUGGGCACGGCGGGGCCGUGGGAUCCCUGCAGCUAUGUUGACCCCCACCCCCUCCUCCAGGAAGAAGAGCCUGGAGGGCAUGAAGAAGGCACGGGUCGCGGAUGGUGAUGAAGAGGCCUCUGGGAUCCCUUCGAGGACGGCGAGCCUGGGGUUGGCUGAGGAGGACGAUGACCAGGAAGAUGAUGACAUCGAGUAUUUCUGCCAGGCGGUCGGCGAGGCGCCUAGUGAAGACCUGUUCCCCGAGGCCAAGCGGAAACGGCCUGCCAAGUCUCCAGGCUGGAAGCGGCAGGAAACGGAUCGAGGCAGGGGUCGUCUUUGUGACCGGAAGUUUCCCAAGCCCAAGGACAAGCCUCAGGGGUCCCAGACCAGGCGGGGGCCCAGAGGGGCUUCCCGGGAUGGUGGGCGAGGCCGGGACCGGGGCCGCUCACAGAAGAGAGUGGCCUGAGCCCAAGCCGCACCGGAGCAGUGGAUGAAUUGAACGCCCCAGAUUGGGGCCCGAGAGACAUGGCCCUCGGUUUCCUUUCAUAAAGGAGUUGUGUCCCCACCCUUCCACUCCAAUAAACUGAACUGGC